AUGUUUGUUUUUCUUCUUUCUUUUUCUGUGUCAAUAUCACGAAUAUAUGAUGAAAAUGGACGGCCAAUUCUUCCGGCUACCAUUCCACUAUUCUACGAUAACUUCACAGACCCAUUUGUGAUGAAAAGGUGGAUCCAAUCUCGAAAUGCUUCUUUCAAUGGCAAAUGGGUAAAUGAGUUAUCUUACCCACUUCAAGGGAGACGUGGUGAGAAAGGAUUGGUUAUUACAGACAAAGAAAAAUCAUCACUUAUUUCUCAAAUUCUUCCAGCACCGAUAUUUACACUGAAUGAAACAAUUGUUAUACAAUAUGAAGUUCGCGCUCAGUUAGUUUAUAGCUGUUUUAAGUCAUUACUGAGAAUACAUACGAAAUCUUUUGAUCCAUUUCAUCAAACUAACAAAACACAUGGUACUAUCGAAUUCGGUCCAGUUCACAACAAUAAAAAGACUAAGGCAAUCCUUAACUUUUAUACAGAAGAUAAAAAUGGCAGUUUAAUUGCUCAUAAAAUUGAAAAGGAUAUUAAAAUCCCUUACGAUGAAAUUGCGCACCUUUACACACUAAUCAUUAGACCGAACAACACAUUCGAGUACAUGAUUGACGGAAUGUCAUUUUUAAAUGGUACAUUUACAGAUUCAUUCAAAGAACCAGUAGUUCAACCAAAAUACAUAGACGAUCCAACAGACAAAAAACCAUCUGAUUGGGUUGACGACGAGUUUAUACCAGAUCCCAACGCUGUGAAGCCAGAUGAUUGGAAUGAGAGCGAACCUGAGUUUAUUCUCAAUCCAAGACUGCUUAAAAAGCCAUACGGAUGGGAAGAAGACGAACCUGAAAUGAUUCCUGAUCCAAAAGACACAGUUCCAGACGAAUGGAAUGAAUAUCUUUACGGAACUUACAAGAGAAGGAAGAUUAAGAAUCCGAAAUGCAGAGUUGGAUGUGGCCCUUACAAGCCACCAAUGAUUAAGAACAAAAAGUACAAAGGAAAGUGGACUCCGCCUUUAAUUAAAAAUCCAAAGUUUAUCAAAGUCUGGACACCGAAACAAAUUCCUAAUCCUAAGUUUACUUAUGAAUAUAACUAUUCCUUGCCUGGAAUUACUGGUUUUACAUUUAAUAUUUGGUCGUAUUUCCAUGACGUUCUUGUUACAAAUCUUUUUGUGGGAUACAACGAAACAAUUGUCAAGAGAUGGAAUUUGGAAGAUUUCGCCCAAAGACAAAGACUCCAAAUCAAAAAGAUGAAAAUUUCUUACAAUUGGAUCGAUAUUGACAAAGAUUUGGAGAUUCCGCCAGAACCAGGUGUAUUAAACAGAGUGGUUUGGGAAGCUAAGAGAGCUUACAAAGUCUGGUCUCGAAUAGAAAACAAAGGACCAAUUAUUGCUAUGGUUAUUGCAGUUGUUUUCGUCUUUAUUCCAAUGUGUUGGGUUUUCUAUGAAAUUUUAUUUGGUACUGUUGAGCAUUACAAAGUAGAAUAA